AAUAUUUAUUCUUCCAUCAACAAAUUAGUAACACCAAACUUGAGUGUGUAACAUAAUUAAGAUCUGAUAAAUAGAAAAAUAAUAGAAUUUUUACAAAAAAAAAAGUAUUUGUGCCAAGAAAUUAGUUUCUAAAACGACAUAAAUUAUCGUAUUUUUUAUGUUCACAUGUGGUGUUAGUUUGAUUACUGAUAGAAGUUUUUAGAAGUGACAAUAAAUUUUGUGUUUGAAACUAUUUUCGGUGAAAGACAAUCAAAUAUGUGCGCGAAUUUUAUUAUUUUAAAAGAAAUUCAUUUAAAAUUCUCAAUUUUAAAUAUGUUAUUAAAAGUAUACUCAAAGUUUGUUUCUUGAUAAAGAAACCAAAUGCACUAUCCAAACAUAGUUAUUACAAUCAAAAUUUGUUUCUUGAAAAUCGACUAUCCAAAUUUCUAAAACUUUUCAUGUGUUCUUCUUAAAAAAACUGCCAAGAUGUCUAUCAUACCGCCAAAUAGUAAACAAUUAUCGAAUAAUAUUCAUCGUCAUCCUGAACCAUGGGAUCAAAUAUUAGGGACUGUCAAUGAAGAACAGCAUCAAACGUUAUUACCUUUGGAGAAUCAUCAAAAAAUUAUAAUUGCACCAGCUAGUGUACCAUCUGAUGUCAGUGUACCAAGUAUUGUUGAUAAACAACCAGAAUCCAAACCCACAUCCGUUACAAGUAAAAAUAGUCACAAAAGUAUAUUAAAACAUUUUCAACGACAAUUAAGUUUUCGAUUGUCCGUUGGUGGGAAAGGGUCUGACAAUGAAAUGAUAUCAACUCAUCCACAUUUAUCUAGAUAUAGGCAGUCUCGAUUUUCCUCAAGGCGUGUUCGAAAACGGGUAGUGUUUAAGCAUGGUGAUUGUAAUAUAGUACAAGGAAAUGUAGCAAAAAGACGAAGAAAAUAUUUACAAGAUAUUUUCACAACCCUGGUGGAUGCACAAUGGCGAUGGACGUUAUUAGUAUUUGCAUGUAGCUUUCUUCUAUCGUGGUUAGGAUUUUCACUUGUUUGGUGGAUUAUAGCAUAUACUCAUGAUGAUCUUAUACCAGAUCAUUUACCUGGUGGAAAUCAUUCAGCGGAAUGGACUCCAUGUGUCACAAACAUACAAUCAUUUACCUCAUGUUUCUUAUUUAGUGUGGAAACGCAGCAUACUAUAGGGUAUGGUGGACGUACAACGACCGAAGAAUGCCCUGAAGCCAUAUUUGUAAUGUGCUUACAAUCAAUUACGGGUGUUUUUAUACAAGCAUUUAUGGUGGGAAUUGUAUUUGCAAAAUUAGCACGACCUAAAAAACGAACAGAAACCUUACUAUUUUCACGCAAUGCAGUAAUAUGCCAUCGUGAUGGGCAACCAUGUUUAAUGUUCCGAGUAGGUGAUAUGCGUAAAUCUCAUAUAAUUGAAGCUCAUGUUCGGGCACAAUUGAUACGUCAUAAAGUGACACGUGAAGGUGAACAACUGCCAUUCUACCAGCAAGAGUUAAAGGUGAGAACUAAGGUUGGCGGUGAUGGUGAAGAAGAUAAAAUAUUUUUUAUUUGGCCAACUACAAUCGUUCAUAAAAUUAAUAAGACUUCACCAUUGUAUAAAUUGUCUGCAACGGAUUUAUUGACAGAGCGAUUUGAAAUUAUUGUUAUGCUAGAGGGUGUAAUCGAAUCAACUGGUAUGACAACACAAGCCCGUUCAAGUUAUUUACCAUCAGAGAUCCUUUGGGGUCAUCGAUUUGAUCCCAUCGUUACAUUCAAACGUGAUUUAGGACAAUAUGAAGUAGAUUAUACAUUAUUUAAUAAUACAAAAGAAGUUGAUACACCGUUAUGUAGUGCCAAACAAUUAGAUGAUCAUCGUGCCAUGUACAAUAAUAAUAAAGAAUCACAUUUAUUACGUGAGCAUAGUGUUGAUCAUCUCACACCUGGAUUAUAUCAUACAAGAUCUCCGUCAAGUGAUACAUUAGAUAUAAGUAGCGUUGAAUCAUUAUCAUUAGAUGAACAUAUAAUAAUGAUUGCACCACCGUCUGGUGAAGGACAUCACCCCCCACCACCGAAUCAUCAUCCUCAUCCACCAACACCAAAAACAUUACAAGUACCAGCUUGUACAAUAACUGGUCCAGAACAAUAACCAGAAAUGAGGUUAAGACACAGCAAUGUAAAUGAACUACCUAAUUUAACACAAAAACAAAAAAUACCUACUUAGAAGUAUUAUAAAUCGUUU